UGUAGCUGUGUGGGUCAGGCAGCGCGUCGCGAUCAAUAACUCCCCCACACGAGCUACACACUCCGGGGUCUCGACUACUACCCGUUACUCCUCCAGCUUUCAUUUGUCAUUCACAGUGAAUGCUGGACAGAAACUGCGCCAGGAAAACCUGUAAUAUGCGGAAAUCAGUGUGAUAAGUGAAGGCAUUCAUGUUGCUGCCGUGAUGGGUGUAGCAACUCAUGGAAGUGGAUAAUGUUUAGUAGACAGUGAUGGUGCGGGACACGCCAGGGAUGGCGGAGCAUACGCCAGAAGAGGAGGGAGGGGCAGUAAGUGCAGCAGGGGAGGAAGCUAUCAGAUUAAUCUUGGCUUCACUACGAGAGUCUAUGAGAGGAGAGGAGAGUGUUGGUGGCCUGGUCACUCCUUCCAUGGAUCCUCUACCCGUCGAGAGACACAUUAUCACUCAUCAACACCCUGCACUCAAUAUUAUUGUCAAACUCUACAAUAUGGGACUUACGGGCCUUUCCGAUUUCAUCAUUGAAGAUGUACGAGUGAACGUCCAGUUACUGACAGUGAUAGUGAGUCUUGGAUAUGACACCCUGCUGCUGGAUGGAGAGUAUGACCUCCAGGGUAAACUGGUGAAAGUAAUACCCAUCUCUGCUCGAGGACCAUUCACUGUCACUACCAAUAAUGCCAAGGUAACUCUUCGCGUUAAGUUGAAAGAGUGUCAGGGGCGUCUGGAGGUGCGUGAUUUGACGAGUGAGCUCAUUUUGGAGAGCGUAAGGUGCCGCCUCUCUCACAUGACUGGAGGAGCUCUGGUCAGUAAAGUCCUAAACACUCUACUGAGUGACCUGCUAAGGCGGGAGAAGCAACGUCUGGCACAGGACCUCAGCUUGGCACUUAAGACUUUGCUGAACAACGAACUCAAGAACUUCAAUCUGGGUGUGUCCCUGCAACUCCUGCGGACCAGUGAUAAGUACAUGCGACGAGGAUCCUUGUAUUAAUUAGUUUAAUAUCGGGUGAUGAAGAUUAUUAUAUCCACGAGGAAGAAAUAAAUCAGUGAGGGUUAAGGAGCGCUUAGGGAAUGGGAGGUCAUCAGAUUUAAUUCAAGAGAAGGGUAACUAAUUCAUUAGCUUAUAGAGACCUUCACCAGUAUUAAAGCACUCCUUUGAGAGGUUAUAUCUAUUAUUAUUAUUAUUAUUAUUAUGUUCAUGGGGAAACUCUAAUCCAUUAGGGGUCAUGCAGUACCUGAGAAAUGGGAGGUAAUCUGGCUUGAUCCAAGGAUGGAUAGGAUGUUUCCAGUCCUCGGGUCAGGAGCACAGCGCCAGCAUCAACCCCGUCCCCCGUGAAGAGAUAACUAGAUAAAGGCAGAUUUUUCUGUUUCUUUCACUUUAUAUGACUAAUUUUUCUUUUCCGCAAUUUAAAGAAAAUACUACAGUAACUUAAGUCAGAUAUAGACAAAAUAGAAAUGGAUAUUAAAAAGGUCAGCAAUGUUUUGAGGUUCAUAAAUUUACCCGAAGCUCUAUACAAUAUCUCUUAUAAGUCAGUAUUAUAAGUCAGGUUUUUGUUAUUUAGAAGUAAUGUACAUACAUACAUACACACACACACACACACA